AUGGAAGCUUGGGCUCAAUUUUUCCGUCGCGCCGGUAUCCCCAACGAUCUUUCGGUGAAAUAUGCCAAGUCUUUUCAGCAGAACAGAAUCACAAAGGAAAUGCUACCGGAUCUUGACAAAUCCACUCUUGUGGAACUCGGUGUGACCGCAAUUGGAGAUCAAAUUUCCAUUUUGAAACGAAUCAAAGCGGCUAGCAAUGCAAUCACAAAAGACGAACAAGAAGAGGAGACGCUUGAAGAUAUUCCAAAAAAGCCUAAAGCAAAAAUAACAGCACCUGGAGAGUCAAGCUCAUAUGGCUCGGAGUUGCGACGCGGCAAGCCGCCACCGGAUCGGCACGAGAUCUAUCAUGUUAAAAUGCCAUUAGGGCUGACACCUAGAAGUCAGCAAAUCCUUGAAAAAGCCAAACAAAUGCGAAGUCAAGGAAUGACAGUUCGUGGGACCACCGGAGUCCGACAAGGUGGAAGAUCCGUUUCUCCAGUUGAUAAAACUAGUUUGGCUGCUCGAUUAUCGAAAAAAGAAACUUCAGGAUCUGUUGCCGAAGUCUCCUCAUCGACUGAUAAACUGUUGCGCCGCCUAAAAAUUCAAGGAAAGCAUGAUGACAAAACGAACAAAAUUCAAAAAAUCUCAACAAGUGGUAUUCAAAAGAAAACAAUUCGAAAUAAUUCAUCGUUAGCAACUGUUAAAAUCCAUGUGAAACCUCAGGUUAAAAGCUUCCAUAAGAACAAGAUUAUUGUGAAAACUGCGAAAAAGUCGGUGCAUGAUCGAAUUCAAAUUCGAACUGAUGAAGACGACAUAUAUGACGAGGAAAUGAUUGUGGAUGAUGACGAUGGAGAUGAUGUCGUGCUUGAUUAUGAGGAUGAGGAGAUGUAUGAUGAUUAUAACGAUGAUGAGACUCUUGAAGUCCCAUCGUCUUCUGGAAUCCGACAACGGAUCACCUAUGCGUCAUCAUCGAAUCCAAGGCAUCGAAGUGUGAAUUCGAAUCGAAUCGCAACUGUUAUUGAUGAGUCGGAUAGUGUUUUCAAUCGCGUCUCAUUCCAUCGUCGAUAA